AUGGACGUGAUGGAUUUGAAGGCAGCCACGUCGAAUAUGGACGCUCUGGUCCGCAUCAGCUCCAACAUGAAGAGCCUUGAGCAUGAGCUACACUGCCCCAUGUGCAAGGACAUUGUCAAGCAGCCCGUGGUGCUGCCAUGCCUCCACAGCGUGUGCCUCAUGUGCGCCUGCGAGGUCCUGGUGGCCAGCGGAUACCCGCCCCCGGACCUCCCCGCCGAGCCCAACUCACCGGCUUCCACACCCAACAUGCGCUCCCCGCGGCAGCUGCGCAGGCCCACGCCGAAAGCCGAACAGCGGCCUAUCGACCGGGUUCUCCGGGCAGGUCCCCACCCGCCUUCGCCGUCCAUGCCCCGUUCACCGGGCUACUCGGGGCGACGGCGUAAGGAGGCCCCGCUCCUUUCUAUGAUGUUCCCCUGCGUGCCAUGUGGCCGCGACGUGGAACUAGGCGAGAAAGGCCUUACUGACUGUUUGCGGAACCUCACCUUGGAGCGCAUCGUAGAGAGGUACAGGCACACGGUGAGCUUAGGCAGCGUAGCCAUCAUGUGCCAGUUCUGCAAGCCGCCCCAAGCCCUAGAGGCCACCAAGGGCUGCGGUGACUGCAGGGCCAACUUCUGCAACGAGUGCUUCAAGCUCUACCACCCGUGGGGGACUCCGCGGGCUCAGCACGAACAUAUACUCCCCACCCUCAACUUCAGACCAAAGGUUUUAACUUGUACGGAGCACGACCAGGAGAAACUGCAAUUCUAUUGUAGGUCCUGUCAACGGCUGCUUUGUCCGCUCUGCAAACUGCGUCGUGUACACACGGGCCACAAAAUCCUGCCUGUGGCCCAGGCUUAUCAAGCCCUAAAGGAGAAGAUUACAAAGGAGAUGAACUACAUUCUAUCCAACCAGGACACAGUGCUGGCUCAGAUUACACAGCUGGAGAGCGCCAUCACUCAGACUGAGGUGAACAGCGUAUCGGCCCGUGAACAAUUGGCCCAAAGCAUCAGAGACCUGACGGCGGCGUUGGCCGAGCGCCACGCCUCGCUCACCCAGGCGCUGGAGGCGGCGCGCCACAAGCGUGGUGAGGCGUUGGCCGCUCAAGUGGCGGAGCGGCGAAGCUUGAUGGAGCACGCCGGCCUGGUCGCGUUUACCCAGGAGCUGCUGAAGGAGACAGACCAGCCCUGUUUCGUGCAGGCCGCUCGCCAGACGCAUAACAGGUUCAGCAAGGCGAUUGAGAACCUACAGCAUUUUACCCUAGCCGCUGAUCCAUCGUUCAGGCAUUUUCAGCUGGACGUCUCCAAAGAACUGAAACUUCUGACGGAACUCAAUUUUAUCCGAGCUCCUUUAGCCCCGGUCCUGGACACUCAGCACUCCCUGGCCUAUGACCAGCUCUACCUAAGCUGGCGCCUGCCUCCAGACUCGGCACCCGCCUGGCACUACUCUGUGGAGUACCGCCGGCGGGGAGUGGUGCCAGGGAGUGCAUCCCGGGGCGGCAACAGAGGCGGGCUCGCUGCCGCCCGCUGGGGCUGGCAGCGAUUGGACGAGGUGAGCGGAACGAGCGCCGUCAUCGAUAGGCUGGAGAUGGACAGCGUAUAUGUCAUGCGGGUGAGGGGCUGCAACAAGGCAGGCUAUGGUGACUACAGCGAGGAGGUGUAUCUGCACACCCCUCCAGCACCAGUGCUUAACUUCUACUUGGACUCUCGCUGGGGUCUCCACGCCGACCGCCUGGUGGUCAGCAAGGAGCAAAGAGCGGCCCGCAGCGUCCCCGGUCUUUCCUUGCUACAGGCUGCCGACCACGCGCUCACUUCUUGUCACCUGACAUCUGACCUCUUGGUUGGAGACGUGGCCAUCACCCAGGGGAGACACUAUUGGGCAUGCUCAGUAGAGCCUGGUUCUUAUCUCGUCAAGGUUGGUGUUGGUCUAGAGUCCAAACUGCAGGAGUGGUUUCAUCUACCGGAAGACAUGGCCAGUCCCCGAUAUGACCCAGACAGCGGUCAUGACAGUGGGGCAGAGGACGGCGUGGACUCGGCCCCCCCAUUCUGCUUCCUCACCAUGGGCAUGGGGAAGCUCUAUCUGCCCCAGCACAGCUACCACCACCACCAUAACGGCCAACGGUCAGACCCCAACGGCAACGGGCCGUCCCCACCGGUGGGUCUCACCUAUCCGUUGCCACCCCGACUGGGCGUAUGCCUCGACUUCGAGAAAGGCCGUGUGGCCUUCCACGACGCCCAUUCCCUGCGCCCCCUGUGGGAGGGUCACGUGGACUGCUCAGGCCCGGUGUGCCCGGCCUUCUGCUUCAUCGGAGGAGGGGCCCUGCAGCUCCAGGAACUGGUGGCCAACCGAGCGGCCGACCAAACGCCCGUGAGGAGGGUGACCAUUCAACAUCGAGGCGGUUCCAAUUUGAAUAAUAACUGA